CCGUUAGGCGUGUUGACUUGACGGAAGGGUAAAGCAAAAGAAAAUCUCGAUCUUGAAAAUAUCUGUACAAAGAGAAGAGAUCAAUAGACUUGCUGUGCAGUGUUGGUACUGAAUGACGAGUCCUAGCAGACGUGCAUACACCUACCGUGCAGGCUUCUUCGCGCAGAAGGAAGGAACCGGUUUGCCGGGAGAGAGAUUAGAAACAUAAAAAACAUAUAAAUACAGGGUGAUACGAAGUUCUUUGACCAGACAAAGACACCAUGAAUCCCCGGGAAUGCCGAGAUAGCAGAAAGUCACAGAGGGCUGACCCAUGUAAGGGUACACAGGGCGCUGUCACCACAGCUCAGGAGGCAAGAACACGUUCAACUGGAUGGAGCUGUCGGACAUCAAGAGCAAGUCGUACCUCCAGUCGGAGUACAUCGACAAGGCCGCCAAGCUCCUGGACUCGCGCUGUGUCAACCACGGGGUGGUCUUCGUCAAGGACUCCACAGUGGAUGAGAAAGUGAACAGAAUGAAAGACACGUGGAUCCCUUACAAGACGCUGACCAACUUUGCCUUGCACCUCUACGACAACGAAGACCAGUUCUGGUCUAUCUACAACUCGCCCGAGUAUCGACCGUUGAGAGAGGCCCGGCACCAGCUGUGUAACACCACGUCCCUGCUGUUCACUGUGGACCCACGCAUCGCAUAGAUAGAUAGGACUCACUCCUGGACGCUCGCACUGUGAGGCUUUGCUGCCACGAACAAGAAUGUUUUACGCGGGUGCCAAAGACGUCGAAGAGCCAUGUAAUUAAGGUGUUGGGCGGGGAGAAAGGGGGUUUUAACUUUUUUUGGUGGGGUUAGAUUUUGCUUUUUGCUUUUUUUAUGGGGGGCGGAGUGGAGGGGGUCUGGAGUCUUUCCUUUUUAUUUCACAUUUUUCACAACGAUCUCUCCCAUCAAUUGUUCUUAUUUAAAUCGCAAUCUGGUUUUGGUGUAUAGAUAUAAUAUGCAUAAAUAUAAAUAUUAUUUUCGUCAUUGUAGAAUCUCUUGCAAUAUCACUGUUAGACUACUGCAGCGCAUUACACUCUGUAGAAGCUUGUAUAACCUUCACAUGAUGUUGGCUCUCAUACUCUUAAUAGCAUGGGAAAAUAUUUCUGCAAUACAAUCUUGUGCUGUUUAACGAUUACCUGAGGUCAAGGCUACUCAAAGACCAGAAAAACUAAAAGAGUACACUGAGAGCAUCAUUAUGACCAGCAAUACGAUUCGAUAUAUUUAUUCACUCUCUACAUGUUCAUUUCUUUCGAAUCAACGAUAGCAUCGUUGCCUGCAAUAUUUUUUUGUUUUUCCACAUAAUCACUUUCUCUUCCUCGACAAAGGACAUUUAACUUUGAGACAAAGAAGGGAAAAUAUGGGGGCCGGGAAUCCGUUACAUGAUGUGAAUCGGGUUUUGUUUUUUUUCCUUUUUAGCCAAGCAAUAUACACAAUUACAAUGUAGACAAGUUUGAGCUCUCAAACUUGCACAAUAUUAUUAUAUAACAUUUACAAUAAAAAAUAUUGAAACAAAAACUUCA